AUGUUGCGCGCACGUUCAUUACAGUGGAUUUGCUUGACCAUCAUCUUUCUUUCGACAACUGCGUUCGCUCAGACUUCGGCGUCACAAAAUGAUUGUGACUGGUACUGUUGGGUGGAGCACAGGCUUGAUGUGCUCGAGCAACAAGUUGCCAAGUUGACCAAGCUUCUGUACUCUGGUGGUUCGAACAGCGGCAAUGGCCCUUCACACACCCAGCAUUCACAAUAUACUACGAGCACUACGAAACGCUACUCAACGACUACCUUCGGAACGCCAUAUGUUACGACUACUGCAAAGACUAGCUAUGUUGCCAAACCUACAUCAACAUCGACAAAGAAGAUCGUGACUGUGUCUACCACAGGUUACACUCCCCGCCCAACAGAUGUAGAACCACAUGACGGUUACCGGGCGAUAGGCUACUUCGGCAACUGGGAUAUCUAUGCACGGAAGUUCUUCCCGCAAAACAUCCCAGCCGACAAACUUACGCACGUGCUUUAUUCCUUUGCGGAUAACAAAGAUAACGGUACUGUCUUCUUCACCGACACAUAUGCGGAUACUGAUAUCCACUACGCUGGGGACUCCUGGUCAGAGAGUGGCAACAAUGUGUACGGUGCUGUGAAACAACUUCAGCUCCUGAAAGCAAAGAACCGCAAUCUGAAAGUCAUGCUCAGCAUCGGAGGUUGGACAUACACUAAUACGAACAAGCACAUGGACGCACCUAUGUCCACUGCCACUGGCCGACAGAAGUUUGCAGACAGCUGCGUCGCCAUGGUGCGUGACUAUGGUUUUGAUGGGAUUGAUGUGGACUGGGAGUAUCCUCAAAAUGUUGAACAAGGCGGGCAAUUGCUUGAUCUUCUAAAGGCUAUCCGCAAAGCCCUAGACGGCUACGCUAAUACCCUCAUCUACGAGGAUGGCCAUGGAAGCUCCGAGAAACCGCACUUCGAGCUGUCAAUCGCCGCACCCGCUGGCGAGUCCAACUACAAGAACAUGCCUCUCCGUCAGAUCAGCGAAGUCGUUGAUUUCAUCAACCUCAUGGCCUACGACUACGCCGGCAGUUGGGACAAGACGUCUGGCCACGCACAAAAUCUGUACAAAUCACGCUCAAACCCGGCCUCUACACCAUUCAACACCUACGACGUCCUGAACCUCGGCAUGCCCAUUUAUGGCCGCGCGUUCACAAACACGGCGGGCAUGGGUCAGUCGUACAAUGGAAACGGUAAGGGUAGCUGGGAGGGCGGGGUGUACGACUGGAAAGAUCUGCCCUUGAACGGAGCGCAGGUAUACUACGACCAAGAAGCCGGCGGCACGUACAGCUACGACAACAGCACGGGGCUGCUAGUGAGUUUCGAUACGGUCGACAUGGCGCUCAAGAAGACCGAUUGGCUCAAGAAGACGAAGCUGGGCGGUGCCAUGUGGUGGGAGGUCAGUGGUGAUCGGUAUGAUGGAUCGGGAUUAAUUGACAAUGUUGUUGCUGCCCUGAAAGGCAAAGAUGGGAGCGGGAUACAGCAGAAGAGUAACUGGCUGAGGUACCCUGACAGCAAAUUCGACAACAUCAAGGCCUUGGGUGGCUAGAUGCGCAAGCGUGGGGGGACUUUUUUCUUUGCAUACUUGGCGUUCAUGCAUGUUGGAUGGUCUGAUUAUAUGUCAUGUAGGAGGUAGAUAGUUCGCAUUAAGUUCGCUAAGACUAUUGUCGAUGUGUCAAAUCGGGGUUGAGGAGCGAACGGGUGUUCAGUGGGAACAACGUUUCAUGAUGGUGGAGACGCGGCAUUGACUGUCGGAAUGGACGCGUUUCGGCCGAGGCCCAACGCAGACAUGACCGGGGGAUGUAGGGUGCAAUGAGCUAAUCGCGGA